AUGAGCUCGAGCACAAGCAGAUCAUGGAUGGUGGCAGCAACUGUCGGAUUGAUGGAGGCACUCAAGGAUCAAGGCUUUGCAAGAUGGAACGCCACCAUCAGGGCAGUUCACCACCACGCCAAGUCCAAUCUCCGAUCAAUUUCUCCGACCAAGAAGUUGUCUUUGCCGACGGCCAUGGCUUCAGGCGGAGGCGUAGAAGAGAGGGUAAUGCAAUCAGAGGAGUCGUUGAGAAAAGUCAUGUAUUUGAGCUGUUGGGGUCCCAAUUGA